UCAAGAUGCUGAACAACGUAUGUAGAGUUUGCGGAAGGCAGAAACUCUGCGAGAAGAGUAUCAAUCUCUUCGAUUUGGUCAACCGAAAAUUUCUGAAGCAUCUACACAUGAUCACUGGACUGAGGCUGGGGGAAUUGGAUAAUGUUUCUGGUUUUAUGUGUCGCUGUUGCCAGUUGGAACUCAGAUCGGCUUUGGCCUUUCGUAAGCUGUGCAUCAAGACGCAAAAAAAAUGGUUGACCAUAGAGGAGGACUCCUCGUCGGAGGAAGAGAGUGCCGAGGAGGAAUCGGAGAACGAAUCAAAAAAACAUGUUGAAGUCGGCACUUUUCGGGAAACCAACAACGCCGAAGCGCUUGAAGAAACAUUUCAAAUACUAAUUGAAGAGCAGCCCUUGGAUAAUAGUUUGAUUCAUGAUCGGGAGGCAGAAGAAGAACCGGAUUUUGUAUUAGCUUGUAACCAAAAUGAUUUUUCGUCUCCCCGAAAGAUUCCCAGAAUUACGACCAAAACCAAACUCGAUAACCAGAUAUACAUAUGCGAGCUGUGUGGGACUCAUGCCACCUCGAAAUCCACUUUCUUGCGACAUAUGAGAAAACACACGGGCGAACGUCCAUUUGGCUGCAAGGAAUGUGAUGCCAGAUUUCUCUCUGCCGGUGAACUACGCGCCCACCUUCGUGUCCAUACCGGAGAGCAACCGUUUGCGUGCCGCUUCUGCGACAGGAGAUAUGUCAGCUACAUGGGUCGGGUGAAUCACGAAAAGACUCACACCAACGAGCGACCCUACGUCUGCGUUGAGUGUGGCAAGACCUUCAUCACAGCCCAUACUCUGAAGAACCACAUGCUUAUCCACACGGGUGAGAGACCUUUCUGGUGUGACCUUUGUGAUCGCUCUUUUCAAAGAAAAACUCAUCUCAUCGUGCACAAUCGUUCGAUGACACACAUCAAAAUGUCAAAGGUGAAGAAAACAAAGCCAGGUGAACUUGAGGAAAUCUAAAUAUAAGAUUGUUUCUUAAUAAGGAUGGUAAAGGAUCUUUAAAAUAAUACUUAUAAGUUUAA